CCAUGGAGUUGGCUUGGCUAUGAGAUUGUUGGGAUGUGUAUCUGAAAUAGAGUAUGGAAGCCCAGAAAGAGUUUUUCCGGCGCAUCCAUUUAUCUUUAUAGCAUCGGUACCACGAAGUUUAAACAGGGGCGAUAGAUAGAAUAUUAAUGCCAAGCGAGGAGUUCCAAGGCAUUUGAACGACAGAGCGCCCUGCAGCUAACAUACGCUGCCCCUAAAGUUAGACAUUUGCUCACUUGCUUUGCGUGUUUAAAAAUGACAAAUCUGUUGGGAGACCGCACCUGUAUGGAGAGUCUGAGAAAGGACAUUACAGACUUGCAGGGUACUCUAAUUGAUGUGUUCUCAAGGGUUGGUGCUGUGCGAUAUCCCUCAUGGAAAUUCCCAGAUAAAAUGUCCUGUGAUCUGGAUCUGGUAGAUCUUAUGGAGCGCUAUGACUAUGUGGAGGGUGACUCGGAGUAUACUCAGCUGUCACACGUGGUGUUACUGGAGCUCAUCGUUGACAGGCUUCUGCUCCUCCUUCAAAGUUUUACUACAUACAUUGAGUUAAUAAAUAGUAAAGGAGAUCUCCCACCAUCUCGGGCUCUUGGACCGUCAAUGUCUGUUGGUCUUGCUGUUCGAAAGUACUGGAGCAAUAUGUUAAAACUGGGAACAGUAUAUCAACAAGUGAAGUCAUCUGUUGACACAAGUGCAAGAGUGAGAACAACUGAUACACCCAGACCCCAGUUUGGUAUCUCAUCCUCCAAACAUGGAAGCCAGUCAUGUAUUGCAAACAAUACUCGUACAGUGUGUUCACAGACUGUAGAAUCUUCUCUGGUGCCUUGUGAUACUUGUGCCAUUGCUCAGAGGAGCUUAUGUGAAGUCAGUAAUGCUAUUAUUAAUUUAUGCACUGGGCAGAACUUACCGUGUUCUCUCUCCAAGAUGAGAGACGUGCUACCUACAGGAAGAAUUUUGUCUCCUACUGAGAUGAGUUACUGGGCCAGUGAGGAGAGCAAAGACUUGACACGCAUUGAUAAACACCUGUCGGAGCUCAUGCAGAUAAUUUGUCCUCUAAAGGAUCAACUGGGAGCCACAAAGGCAGAAAAUGAGAAACUGCAGAAAAGUGUGGAAAGCUGCAGAAAACAGCUUCAGGAGCAAAAAGAAGAGCAGCAGAAGCAGGCACAACAAUACGAGAGGAAGCUGCAAGAAAAAAGACAGCAAAACCAAGAAACUGUGGACAUGCUGGAGAAAGACAAGCAAGAGCUAAAAAGAGGGUCUCUAGCCCUGGAAGAAAGAAUUUCAUUCUUCAAAGAGGAGCUGAAAGAUCAGCAUAGCACCAUCAGGGAUCUGGAGAGAGCACGAAAAGAGCUUGUUGGUGAGAUGUGUGGUAUGGUGAAUAAGACAGAAGUGUCACUGCUUGAGCAGAAAAUGAGCGAUCUAAAGAGUCACCUGGAGUCCACACUAAAGAAGCUGCAAGACUCAGAAGAAGCCAUGUCCAAAGAGAGGGCACGAAGUGAGAGUUUGCAGAACCACAAAGAGUCUCUACAGAUGAAGCAGAGAUCUCUCCUACAGCAGUUGGACAGACUGGCUCAGGAAAAUGAAGAUCUGCAGGGUACUGUUUGUGAGGCUGAGGAGGAGAAAGCAAAAUUAGUUGAGGAGAUUGCCGAAAUUGAGAGAGAAAAGAAAGUCUUAAGAAGUCAGCUGGAAGAACAGCAAGAGGUGGUUAAGGCAUUGCAGCAGGAGAAGAAGAUCCUGGAGGAGUCUGCCUUGGGGGUGGACAGGCAGUUGGUAGAGCUCAAACAAUCUCUUCAAGAGCAAAGGAAAAGAGAGAAAUUGUUAGCAUUGUAUCCAGAGCUACAGCCACCUCCUGAGUUUGAAAGCACCGGAGAUGUAACUCAAGAUAUGGAAAAGCAACUGCAGGCCAACAACCUUCGUAUUACUAUUUUAGAAGAAGAAAACUCCAGACUGAGGGCUACUCUAUUCAAACUGAGGGAGAAAAGCCACCAGGAACCAUUAAGGCUUGUUCCUCAAACACAGCUUUGGAAUAUACCACAUGCUACUGAGUCAGCAGGCCUGGAACCCCAACAUGAAGUAAAAAAAGAACCGUGCCCAAAAUUGAACUUAAGGGAUACAUCACAGUCUUCCAUAGGAUCUAUACAUGAGAGGAGAGUUUCCACAGGAGGCACACGCCAGAUGCUAAAUGUUUUGACAUUCCCUCCAGAGAAUCCGCCAAUAUCUGCUUUUGCACGUGCAAAACAAGUAAAGGGACGAAAAUGGACUCCAAGCUCAGAACUUAACUAAUGAAAACUAAAGAGAUGUGCAGAAAACAUCAGUUGUGUCAUUUACCUAAGAAAAUGCAGUGUGCAAAGUGCAAGAAAAGCCACAGUUAAGAGUUUUUUUGCACUUUGUAUAUUGCAUUGUGCUCUUUACAAAUUGCAGCAGGCUUCUGCACUCCACUAUGGGAUGCAUUCUUGAUCCCCUGGUAAAAGUAUAUAUGUAUAUACAUAUACAUAUACA